AUGAAGGGACAGGGGAAUAAGGUAUCAUUAAAUAUAGAAAAUUUUCCAUAUUACAACAAAGAACACGAAGAGAUGUAUAAAAUGCAGGAAAAUUUUCAUGUUAAAUUUGGUAAUCAUUAUCAGGGUUCUUGUAAAGAUAAACGUAUGUAUGAAUUGAAUAGAAAUAAUGAAUCACAAAAAGAAGAUAUCAUAGAUGGAGAACAGUUGGGAAUGGCAUCACCAUUUAUAGAGAAAGAACAUCUAACCAGCAUUAAUGAUGCACAUUAUGAACCCUAUAGGAAUCACCCAAGUGGAACUAUUUCUCACAAGUGCACCAAAGUUCGUACCCGGGGAGAAGGAGCUGUAAUGAACAAAAUGGAUACAGGUGAUGCAGCCGCUAACCUGAUAUGUUGUAAUUAUUACCAGAUCGAGCACAACCAACCGAAUCAACGGAAUCAACCGAAUCAGCUUUGGGAUAGGACGAAUGGCAACCCGUGUGGAAUUAUGUCUGCAUCUGGGCACCCUCCAUCUGCUGCCAUACCACCAGAUGCCUUCCCCACAGGGUAUGAUACCAGACUUGGAAACAAUGUACACCCUGUUUCUAUGAAUUGUAACUUGAAUAGUAAUUUGAAUAGUAACCCUCCACAUUCUGUGAACUAUCUGCAUGUGUAUGCCAACCCAAACAGGUUUGACAAUCCGCAGGGGUAUAGCACUUCCCAUGAUUAUACCACGUAUCACGAGUAUAGAACCCAUAACGAGUAUAGAAACCCUAACGAGUAUAGAACCCAUAACGAGUAUAGAACCCAUAACGAGUAUAGAACCCCUCACGAGUAUAGAACCCAUAACGAGUAUAGAACCCCUCACGAGUAUAGAACCCAUAACGAGUAUAGAACCACGCACGAAUAUAACGCGCCCCAUCAACACAUUCCUCUUAGUAGUGACCAUCAGAACAUAGACCCUGAAACAAACUGCGCAUUUCGGGUAAACUACACAUAUGGAAAGGAUUUAGAAAAUUAUAACGAUUCGCACAAAAAUAGUUAUGCCAAGUAUGGAAGUAGUGUCACGCACCAAUAUCAGAUGAAGGAAGAAGUAAAUAAGCAAACAUUUCAAUCCAAUCGAAAUAAUACAUUUAAUAGAAAUGGAGGAUUCAAAUAUGCACCUUGUAUUGAUAGGAAUGAUCGAUCAUACACGAUGAAUAUCUAUGAUGAGUAUAAUCAUAAGUUUGAAAAUAAUCAAGUAGAGGAAGAUGAAUUCAAGAAGGAGAAUGAGCAAAGCCAAAGAUAUUACCAUGGCUCUGUUUACAAGACUCAGAAUGUAUUUCCUGUUACUGAAAAUGGAAACCAUCCAUUGAUGAAGGACUCAGAAAGGAGAUUCCUACGGAGGGAGAGUAAUCGAAUGGAUGAUGCCUCGAUCAGCAGUAACCGGCGCGGAAAUAAUGGUAGAACAAACACUAGUAGAAGUAAUAAUUACAGAAGCAAUAAUGGCAGAAGCAAUAAUGGCAGAAACAACAAUAGCAGAAACAACAAUAGCAGAAACAACAAUAGCAGAAACAACAAUAGCAGAAACAACAAUAGCAAAAACAACAAUAGCAGAAACAACAAUAGCAGAAACAACAAUAGCAGAGGUAGUAAUAACAGAAGCAGCAAUCGCGAGCAAGAAAGUAACUACGCGAAGAGGAAGGGACAGGGAGAGGAAGACAACCCUCCCCUGGGGUGCAAGGGAGAAAGGAAAUAUGCUGAAAUAAUGGGAAUAAAAAGAAAAGGAAGAGAAAAGAGGACUAAAAUUUUGCUGACAGAAGAUUGUCUAAAGAGUGCACAAAGCAACAUUCAAAAAUUAUCUAUUUAUAAUUCAAGAAAUGAAAUUUUAAAAAUGAUAAAUGAGAAUGAUGUGACGUUUAUACAUGGUGAAACGGGUUCUGGUAAAUCGACGUGCGUACCCAAAUUUCUUCUAGAAGAAAAUUUAAAAGAAAAAAAAAAUAAAAUAAAUAUCAUUGUUACUGAACCAAGAAGAAUUGCAUGUAUAUCAUUAUCAAAAAUUUUAUCCGAAUUGAUAAAUGAAAAAUUAGGAAAUACAGUUGGGUAUAGAAUAUCUGGAGAAUCUGUUUAUGACAAUGAGAAAACGUUAGUUACUUAUACAACUAUCGGAUUUCUGUUUAAACUGUUUUUACAUCAUAAAAAUAUGUACAGAAAAUUUACUCAUAUCAUUAUAGACGAAAUACAUGACCGGAGCAUACUGCUUGAUAUUGUAUUACUUUUUAUUAAGGUUUACUUGCACAACAAAAGGAAGGAUGAAAAAAUGUUUAAGUUGAUUAUCAUGUCAGCAACUAUGCAAAGCAAUUUAUUUUAUUCUUAUUUUCAGCACCAGUAUAUCAACAUGAGUUCCAUAUUUAUAGGUACAAAAAUCUACAGCAUCGACACCUUUUACAUUGAAGAUAUAAUAAGGUAUGCACGCGAACCCGUUAGCGAUUCAGACAGUUGUAUGAUGAAUUCUGAUUCAGAGAGGGAAGAAGUAGAUGUCCCACAAAACUUAUGUCAUGUGCAAGAGAAAGGAGAUAUAAAGCCACUAGGUGACGCAAGCCAAAUAGAGAGAACCAGCAGAAAUGAAAAAGUAAUCGAAUUCAUUUUACGCAAAAAAAAUUGCAGGAGGUUGAACCUUUCUCAAAAUGCAGAAAAUUUACUGCACAAAAUUAAAAAUGAAUAUGACAAAAAUAUAAAUAUGUUUAACCAUAAAAAUGGAAAUAACCAGGAAAAGAGAAAUAUAAAUGUGGAACAUGUCAUCCCAGCGAAUGUAUUUUCUAACGUAUCCGAGUUGUGCCUUGAGUUAGUGUAUAAUUUAUGUCUACGAGGUGAUAGUGUCUUAAUAUUCCUAUCAGGAAUGCAAGAUAUUACAGACAUGUAUCAUCAGCUAUGUAUAAUAAUAAAUAACAAUUCGUUUAAGUAUAACAUAAAAUUCCAUAUUCACAUAUUGCACAGUUGUUUAUAUGAUAAUACAAUACAUAAAUUACAAGGAAAUGACACAGAUAGCAUUCAUAUUUUUUUAUCUUCAAACAUUGCUGAGAGUUCUAUUACCAUACCAAAUGUACGACUAGUUAUUGAUUUUUGUAUACAAAAAAACAUUGAAUAUAAUUCUAAAAAGAGAGCACAUAUUUUAACAAAAAAAUGGAUUAAUAAAUCUUCCAUGGAACAGAGAAAGGGUAGAUGUGGUAGGACAUGUCAUGGAAUCUGCAUACGGAUGAUAAGUAAGAAUUUUCUUUCCUUUUUGAGGGAUCACAAGGUUAGCGAAAUAUAUACGCAUAGUUUGCACCACUUAUAUUUGUACAUACUGAAGAGUAUGUCCGUGUUGAAUCAGCUCAUAAAUGGGCACAAGUGUGCUGGCACUGGGGAGAUAAUGGAUGGGACGAAGAAUCCGAGCAGUAAGCAAAUCGAUAUGAACAGCAAGCCAAGCGAUAUGAACAGUAAGCAAAUCGAUAUGAACAGUAAGCAAAUCGAUAUGAACAGCAAGCAAAUCGAUAUGAACAGCAAGCAAAUCGAUAUGAACAGCAAGCCAAGCGAUAUGAACGGCAGGCAGAGAAGUCUGAACAUGUACGACGUGCUAAGCAUGAUAAUCGAAGAACCAUCGAAGGAGAAAAUAAAAAAUACAAGGUACGAGCUAGAAAAAAUGAAAGCCAUAAUAAAAGUAAAAGACAAACUUGUUAUCUCAAUAAUUGGGCAGAUAAUGAUUCGAUUCAAUAUGAGCAUUAAUUUAUGCAGAUUGCUACUAUACGGAGUGGCAAUGAAUUUAACAUUUGACACUAUAAUUAUAAUUGCCAUUUUGGAUACAAAUGAUAUAUUUCCAACAUUUAAUAUGUACACGUCCAAGAAUAUAUACGCUUAUGGAGUGGGUUUGGAAGUAUCCUUAAAACAAAAAAAUUAUUUCGAUGGAAAAACAUAUUCAGAACCUAUAAUGCUAAGGAAUGUUUUUAUCGAAUGGUUGUGUGUUUUCUCCUUGUACAUUCAAGAUUUAAAGAAUGAAAAUAGAUUUGAUAGAUCAAAUAUAAAAAGUUAUUACAUUAAUACAUGUACAAUUAUGAACAAAAGGAAUCAUAUCAAUGCAAAGAAGUUAUUAUGUGUUAUAAGCAGUGUACAAAAUUUGUGUAGACGUUUAUUAAAAAUUUUAGACAAAAACAGUAAUGCUUAUAGAUCAGUUGUUUACUUAUUAAAUUUAUUAAUUGGACAGGUACCACCAGUUACUGUAGUAGACAAUCGAUUAAAUUGUCAUUAUGAUGAUAGUUCGUUUGAAUCAUUGAAUGCCGAAAAUGUUUUUCGUAUAGUUACAAAAUAUUCAUAUUAUGACUCAUCAAAUGAAAAUCUAUAUUUAAAGUUUUUAUUUUCUCUUGCUUUUACCCCAUUGUUCAUCCAUGGUUCUCCAAAUUUACCUAUUCAAAAUUCGAAUGAAAAAAAAAACAAAGGGAAAAAAUUGUUAGGCUUAUUAAAUUUUAUGACGUCGCAAAAAUUAAAUUUAAAAAAUUGCAUAUACCUCAGAGGAGGAGGGGGAGGAUCUUACAUGCACGAUAUGAACAUUUUGAGGAAAUCUCUUUUUAUUAUGUGCCCAUACUUAUCGUUUGAUUUAUUCUACAUGAAAAAUUUUUACAUUGUCCAUUUUGAUGAUAAGAAAGGAAUAAACAAAUAUUUCAAUGAUCACUAUACAGGCCAACAUGGCCACCAUGCAAGCCAACUAACCGCAUUCCAUAGCUCAGAAAAUUUAGCAGAAUUAAAUCAGAGAGAUAAUAUUCCAAAUAGACAAUAUUCAAUAUACGGAGGAAAACAUUCAAAUGAAAUUUUCUGCAAUAUAAGAGGUGUGGGGUACUUCCCCACUAGAGAUAACGGCAGCAGGUUCAGCCUCAGCAACAACUUAUUCAUAGGAACAGAAUUAAGCAAAGUUUUUUUCAACCCAUCUAAUAUAAAAUUCUAUCAUGAGCUAAUUGAACAAAUAAAAAAAGAAUUACUAUGCAUGUAUAACAAUGAUGCAGAAAAAAACAUUUUUUUUAAUUUUCAGGAAAAUAUUUUUAAUCUCAUACACCCAGUACAAGCAAUAGUACCUGUGCAGGUAAAUCAAAAGGAUGAAAUUAACAAUGCUUCCCUAUGUACCAACAUUAUAAAUAUGUUUUCUAGCGGAAGAAUGUCCUUUAACAUUCCUCUGUGGAAAUCGUCAUACCCGGGAAAUUCGAAUCACCACAACCACCAUCACUACAAUCAGAAUCGACCAAAUGCCGGUCGUGUAAGUAACUAUUUCAAUCAUCAGUACGAGAUGAAGAAGCCAAAGAAUCUAUUCCUAGUUAAGUGGACUUUGCUUAACACGGACAAUUAUAAAAUCAGCAAAAAGGAGAGGGAAAAAAGAGCUCAAGAGGUUGGCAGAGAGGUUGGCAGAGAGGCUGGUGGUGAAAUGGAUGCCGAUUGGAAAAAGGAAGAAGAAGUGAGUCAGAGAAGAACAGAAGACAUAGAUAUCCACAAUUCCAGCUCUGAUUGCACUGUUUUUAAUAACAAAGAAAAACAAAAAAAAAUGAAAUGUAACUUGAGCUUCAAGUCAGUCCUUGGAUUCCUUUCUCUUUGUCCAUUUUAUUAUGAUAUAGAAAAAAGGAUUUACAGAAAACAAACGCAAGACAUUUUUGCUGUAUGCUCAAGCAUUGAUUAUAGUUGCACUAAUGACACAUACACAUGGGUAAACUAUUGCACUGUUAUCCCGAAUGAAUAUUUCCUAAGUUUUUUUUUAGCCUCCCUGCCUGACCAUGACAACGUCAUUUUGAACACGAGAUCAAAUUUAAAGGGAGUAGACAUAUUGUCUGUAAAGAUAUUUGAUUCGAAAGAAAUAGUUAUUCAGGAUGUAAAGAGGAAAAAGUUGAAGGGGAUGGUAGGUGCCUCUACUUCUUCUACAUCGGUUGGUGGUGCUCCUCCUGUUGAUGGUUUUCCUAUUGACAAUCCGCUACAUAUACAAAGCCACAUGCAACUUUUAAGGAAUCAUGAUCAGUUAUCUCAAAAUGUACCCAAAAGAGUAGAAGUAGAAGGAGAAUCUUGCCAGGACGAGAAUCACCCACCAUUAUCUGUCAACGUGUACGAUUUGUUAAGAAUCAAUUAUGUGCGCUAUUGUUUGUCGAAAUAUUUAUUUUUAUUAACCAUGGCCUAUAACCACAAGGACGAACAAGCACGGGAGGUAGAGUUCAAUGAGAAUUCGAUGGAUGAUAAGAAUUCGAUGGAUGAUAAGAAUUCGAUGGAUGAUAAGAAUUCGAUGAAUGAUAAGAAUUCGAUGAAUGAUAAGAAUUCUUGUACUACUACACCCAUAAUAAAGAAAAUAAGAGAUUCAUCAAAAGAACGAUUGUCAUUAUUUCAAGGUGAUAAUACACCAUCACAAGUGUCAGGACCAACAUUGGAAUCAUUAGCAUUUGUAAAGGAAUCAUAUUUGAAUCAAACCAAGGACGCUUCUCUAAGUGGAAGAGAUGGAGAUAUCACGAAUCAUAUAAUAGUAACCAAAGUGAGUAGGGAAGAGAGCAAAGAAGUAGUAGUUAAAGAAGAGGAAGAAAAUAUUGAAAAAGGAAUAAAUUAUAAAACCAAUGAUAAUGAAAGACAAAAAAGUACAUACCCAGCAGAGCAAGGAAAUGAAUACUUUAGUGAAGAUGACGCAAUGAGUGAUGUGGAAGAAAAUCAUUUAUUAAAGGAAAAUUUAUAUAUUAGUAAAGUUAUUCAAAAUUUAAUAAACGAAAAUAAUAACGAUAGAAUAAAUUAUGAUAUUUAUACCAUGGAUGAUAAGGAGACAAUGUAUAACGGAAAAGAAAACAAAGGAGGAAAUGAUUUUAAUCUAAAUAUUCUACAUGCAAAUGAAGAUUUAAUAAAUUUAAAUGAAACAUGGAAUGAUUACAAAGGCACUCAUAUAUUAAAGACAUAUGAUCACUUGUAUAAUUAUUUAAUCAAUCCAAAUAAAGUAUCAUUUGUUAUUAAACCGAUCAAGGAGAAGUCCCUAACAAGCAUCUCUGCAGUGAAAAAAUGUUAUUUAAAUAAUAAUUUUUCCGUACAAAUUUGUCAAUCGAUUAAUGCCUAUGGGAAUAGCAAAUCUGAAGAUUUUCUCUUUUUCAAGCCAAUCAACUUGAACCCCAUUGAAGACUUGAAUUAUCAUCUUAGAUCCAUGUACUAUGAUGAAUGCUUUCCUGGGAAUCACGACAAUAUAUAG